AUGGGAAACCGACUUAAGCUAUUAAACAAGAAAAAAAUUUCGCGUGAUCCAGUGGAAGAUAACAAUCUAAAACACGUGAGAGAAACAAGGAAGGGUCAGCGGAUGGUGAGAACAUCUCUGGGCUAUCUAGAAGUGAAUGGGAAUGUCAUUAUUAACGGUUGUGUGCGUGAGUUGGACGAUUUGGAAAAUUUGAAACUCGAAAUUUCAGAACCUCCGCCGGAUUUGAAAGGGAUAGGUGUGGAUAUACGAGGUCCAGGCGGUGAACUGCUCAGUCCAGUGAAGAAGGAAAGAGGUAACUACUGUAUAGAAAUCAAGGACACUCAGUUACACGACACAGGAUUCGGCUGCCACGAUAUCGAAUUUAACGAUUACAGGAAUAACUUAA